UCGUGGGGCAUUUCAAAGUUUCUGAGAAGAAGAAGAAGAAACAGUUUUCUUGGGAAACAAAUACACACACCUGGGAGGCGAAUUAGCCGUCCGAUCGUGUGACUGAUCUAGGUUUUCUUCCACGAACGAUUCAUAGACCUACUCAAUCUUCCUCCGUUUCCGCCAUUGAUGGGCUGCAUCUGCUUCAAGUCAUGGCGUCCCCGUUUACCUCACUCGUCCAAUACCGCCACCAUCGUCGACGAUCCAGAGAACGCCGGAGAGGAUGCCAGAGAAUCUUGUCCGAGUUUCCGCGAAUUCAGCUUGGAGGAGUUGAGGAUCGCCACCGACGAAUUUUCCGCCGGAAACAUAGUGUCGGAGCACAACGAAAGAGUUCCUAACAUCGUCUACAAAGGGAAGCUCAAUGACGGCCGUGCGGUCGCCGUCAAGCGAUUCCAGAUGGGUGCUUGGCCUGAUCCUUUCGAAUUCCUCGAUGAGGCUCGAGCUGUGGGGAGGUUGAGGAGUGAGGAUAUGGCAAACUUAACCGGGUGUUGUUUAGAGGGCAACGAAAGGUUGCUUGUUGCUGAGUACAUGCCCAAUGGAAAUCUUGCAAAGCAUCUCUUCCACUGGGAGAACCGGCCGAUGAAAUGGGAAACAAGGUUAAGGGUUGCACUGCAUACCGCAAAAGCCUUGGAGUUCUGUAUUGACAAGGGAAGAGACUUGUACCAUGAUCUUAAUGCCUACAGGAUAUUGUUUGAUAAGGUGGAGAACCCGAGGCUGUCUUGCUUUGGCCUUAUGAAAAGUAUCCAAACAGGAAAGAGCUAUAGCUCGAAUUUGGCAUUCGCCCCUCCUGAAUAUUUGUCCUUAGGUACUGUGAUGCCAGAGAGUGUUAUUUUUAGCUUCGGCACAGUAUUACUGGAUCUCAUCGGCGGCAGACGCAUUCCUCCAUAUCAUGCACUUGAUUUGUUCAAGGGCAAAAACUUGUUGGUGCUAAUGGAUUCAGCUCUGGAUGGUCAGUUCUCCGACGAGGAUGGAACAGAACUAAUGCAUCUGACUUCCCGCUGUUUGAGGACUGUACCCGAAGAGAGGCCCAGCAUAAAGUUUAUUGUCUCGACUCUUACAAAACUUCAGAAACGAGCUGAGUUAUGGUCCAAUGUCAAAGGGUCCACCACGCCUUCUCCAUCAUACGGUCUGCCCGAAAAGAAAGGAGGUGGGAGUAAACCAGAGAUGCAGCUGAUGUACUUGACGCCAUUUGGAGAAGCAUGUUGGAGAGUGAAUCUUAGCACCAUACAUGAACUGCUCGAGAGACUCGGGUAUAAAGACGACGACGCAUUCACGAGCGAGCUUUCGUUCCAAAUGUGGACGGGCCAAAUGCAGGAGAAUUUGGACUACAAGAGGCACGGAGAUGCUGCUUUCCGGGCCAAGGAUUUCGAAACUGCCAUUGAAUUCUACACAGAGUAUAUGAGCGGAGCAAUGGCAGAGUCACCGACAGUAAUGGCCAGACGGUGUCUGUGUUACAUGAUGAGCGAUAUGUUCGAGGAGGCGCUGAGCGAUGCAAUGCAAGCGCAGGUGGUCUCACCCGAGUGGCCGAUAGCUCUGUACCUACAAGCGGCUUCUCUCCUCAAGCUCGGGAUGGAGGCCGAAGCUAAUGAAGCACUUAGAAACGGCUCUGACCUUGAGGCUCACUAACCCAACUACUACUACUGCAGCUGUACAGGUUCUUUAACACUUCUCCUAAAAUACGAAACACGCAUACAUAUAUACGCCUAUAUAUAUAUAUAUGUUUCAACUUCUUUGGUUUUGUCUGAGAAUCUCUGUGUGUGCACCUUUUGCGUGCUAGUCUUUGCCGAUAUGUAUUCUUAACAUAUUCAGCUUAGUAAGAGACUUAAACCCUGGGAUUUUUUUC